CCGCAGGGCGCAGAGCACGUCGUCCCUGGGCCCGGCGCGGCAGGACAGCGACCCCCACACCAUGCAGCAGGAAGCGGUCAGCUGCCGCAUGAGCGGCGCGGCCGGCGAGCCCGGCGCCCCGGGGGCGAUCACCCUGGAGGACCUGGACAGCAUGGCCGAGGAGCCGAGCCCCGACUCGCCUUAUCACAGCAGCGGCUGCGGCCAGGGGGACGAGGCCGAGCAGGAGCGCCUGCUCAGCUACUGGCAGAGCGUGGGCAGGGGGCACCAGGUGGACGUGCCCAGAGACAUGGCAGAGCCAAUCCAGCAACUGACGAGAAAUAAUCAACCUCAGGAGAGAGAAAGUAUCCCAUUUACACUGAUACACCGCAAAGAAAAGUUUGGGGAAGUGCUUUACGAAAAACGUCAGUAUGGAAAAGCUAAAUGGGCUUGUAUUAAAAUGCAAGAAGAACAGUAUGAACAGAGCAUAUGUCUGGGAUUCAUGAAGCUUAUGAAAUAUAUUUGUGAGCAGAACUCUUCAGGAUUGUACUUGGGGAUGACUAUACCUAUUGUGACUCUAGUGCAGACUAACGAAUCUCACUCAGAGUUAACACGUUCAGUGACAGUCGCAUACUACCUGCCUGAACUACUGCAGGAGCAGCCACCUCAGCCUUAUGAUUCUGACAUAAUUAUUGAAGAGUGGCCUCCUACUGUUGUUUAUACUAGGAGCUUCAGAGGGGUCACCAAUGAAGACUCUAUAAUGAGAGAAAUAAACUUUUUGGCAGAACUUCUGGAGAGCCCUGAGCUAUGUUUGCAGAAUAUAUUCAUUGUUGCAGGAUACACCAAUCCAGCUGCUGCAAAUCGACACAAUGAAAUAUGGUUCCUGCAAAGACCGUAGCCUCCCACUUCUGAUACCUAGCAUUAUCCAAAUUCAGUAUGUACACAAUGGCGCACUUAAAUUUGCAAGUGAAUCGUGUCAAGCUAGUCAACAGCUUUAUAAGUCUUUGUGAUAAAAUAUACACAAUUUUUAAUCCUAUUUUCCUAAACUACAUAUUGCAGUCUGUCAAAUUAGCAUGACAAUCAAUCCAAUUUAGUUAUUGAGCCAUCAGUGUUAAUAUCUGAAAUUUUACUGCUAAUUUUGAAAAAAAAGUCAUUCACAAUUUCUUAUUAGAUACUUCAGUUUUACAGUUUAUCCAUAUUUCUUUGAGAUUUAUAGUACUUUUCAAAUUGAUUCAUGUGAUCUUCUUAAACAGGGGUAAAGUCAAGUCACAAAGGUAUACUUUAUAAAUUCUAGUGUUAAACUGAACUGUUUAGAUUUUUUUUUAAUAUUAACAUACUAAAUAUUUUUCCACUACAGCAUCUCUAGGGUGCCCUAAACUUUUAGCUUCAGAUUUUCAAAAGUGCUCAGUGUUGGCCCAACUCUGCUCAAAUUGAAGACCAUAAUAAAAGUUGGGAGCAGAGUUUAGUCAAUGCUGAGUGCUUUUGAAAAAUCCCAUUCUUGAGUAGAGGUUUUCCCCACUUUUCUCAAAAAGAUAUUUAACCAAAGUAUUUGUCACCUUCAAAACUGUGUGUCCAGGAUGCGAAGAGUCAGUUGCAUUGCUCAUCCAAGUUUUGUUAGUAAAUAGUUCAGUUUUUCAUUUUUUUAAAAUUCACUACCAUACCCCAAUAUAUGACUGAAUAUGGUACGCAGCAGACAGAAGAUAGGCAUCAUUCCUGCUCAGCUAUUCAACUUACUGAGUGACAUGAACUUUAAAAACUAGAGCUUUGCCUAGAUAUUCAGAAUAUAGUAAUCAAGGCAGAUUAAUUGGCAUCACAGAAACUUGAAGGAAUAAGUCUCCUGACUGAAAUAUUGGUAUUUAGGGGUACAGCUUGUUCAGUAAGGACAGGAAGGGCAAAAACUGAGGAGGUCCAGACGGAGAUGGGAGGCAGACCAGCUGAAAGUCUCUGGGUAAAGAUAAAAGGGGGAGAAAAUGUGUGUGACAUCAUGGUAGCAGUCAAAUAUAGACCACCACGAAGAGGUGAUGAGGAAUCUCUAGAAAAGACAACAGAAAUAUCAAACAAGACUGGAUGGUAAUGGGGGAAUAACUAGGUAGACAUCCGUUGGAAAAGUAAUAUGGCAAAGCACAAGUUAUUGGAAUGUACUGGGAACAACUUGGUGUUUCAGAAAGUGCAGGAAGUAACCAAGGGACAGCCAUUUUAGACCCGAUUCCAACCAAUGGGAAGGAAUUGGUAGGGAAUCUGAGGGUCGAAGGCAAUUUGGGAUAGAAUCUACCAUUUCUUGAUCAGUUUAAGGAAAGAGAAGGGAGAGCAGCAGAAUAAGGACCCUGCACGUCAAACAAGCAGACUUUAACAAACUCAGAACUGGCAGGUAAAGUUCCAUGGGAAGAAAAAUCUAAGUGAUAAAGGAGUUCAGGAAACCUGGCAGUUUCUCAAGGAGACAAUAUUAUAGGCAGAACAGUCAUCUAUCCCAAGUGAAGGAAAUAUAGGAAGAAUAGCGAGGGUCAAAUAUGGCUCCAUCAUGAGGUCUUCAAGGACAUGAACAUCAAAAAGGAAUCCUACAAAAAGUGGAAACAUGGACAAACUACUAGGGAGCAGUACAAAAAGAGGAACAGCACAAGCACGUAGAGACAAAAUCAGAAAGGCUAAGGCACAAAGUCCGUUACACUGAGCAAGGGAUAUAAAAGGCAAUAAGAAAAUGUUCUUUAGCUAUAUUAGAAGGAAGAGAAAGAUGAAGGAAAGCAUAGGUUCUCUACUUAGCAGGGAAAGAAAGCUAGUAACUGAUGACAUCACCAAGACUGAUGUGUUUAAUUCCUGCUU